GUAUCGAUGCGGGAGAGAGAGAGAGGGGGCAGUGACGUUGAGUCACGUGAUAACUUUCAGCCAAUUAGCUUGGUGAAUCAUUUUUACUUCUAAGCGCAUUCCCGUCAUGCUAUUGUGAAGGUGGCAGCACUGCGCUAUUGUUUGACGUCAAAUUUCCCGGCCUGUCUCAAUCUCGUAAGCUGCGUAGGUUGUGCAUAUUACGUUUUUGUAUUAUGAAUUACACAUCUGGCAACAACGCGUAGGAUUUUUUUUAUGGAGGAAAUCAAUAUGGCAGCGGUAGAGAGCACGUUUUCCCGGGAAGUAGAAGUUGAAAGUGUUAAUGUGGUGCUUAAAAUUAAUCAGUGUGAAGUUGGAGAUGUCGGUUGCGUUGUUUGGGAUGCAGGAUUAGUACUAGCAAAAUAUUUAGACUAUUUAAACAUGACAAGUAACAAUGAAUAUCCAUUACUUCUGGGGAAGAAUGUAAUAGAUAUAGGAUCCGGAACUGGUUUAGUUGGACUUGUUGCCGCAUGUAUCGGUGGAAAUGUUAUUUUGACUGACCUUCCGGAAUUACUGCCUCUUCUGGAGAUUAACAUUGAGGAAAACAAACAUCAUUUUUUGGGAUCUGUCAAAGCUGAUGUACUUAAAUGGGGAGAAACUAAUUCAAAUUUUUCACAGCCAGAUCUGCUUUUAGUUGGAGAUUGUAUAUAUUAUGAAAAAUCUCUAAAGCCAUUAGUGAAUACUUUAUCAAUGCUGAGUGAUUCUAAUACUGAAAUUUUACUAUCUUACGAAGAAAGAAGUUUUCAUAACAGUAACUUAUUACAAACUGAAUUUUUUGAUACAAUUAAAGAAACAUUUGUUAUUGAAAACAUUCCUAUAUCAGAAAUGCAUCCAGAUUUUCAUAGCUCAGAUAUUUUCAUUUUAAAAAUUAAAAAGAAAGGAAGAGAAAAUUAACUAUUGCUAUGUACAGUACAAAGUAUACUUUUAACUAAUAUCAGUUUUAUUUUGUAUCUAAACAUUUUGUUGACAACUAUGUAUGAAAGAGUUUUGAUUAAAUUGCAAAAAAUAAAUUUUGAAAUAU